AACUGUAAGAACCAGAUCUGUAAGAACCAGAACUGUAAGGAUCAGACCUGUAAGGACCAGACCUGUAAGAACCAGACCUGUAAGGACCAGAACUCUAAGAACCAAACCUGUAAGAACCAGAACUGUAAGAACCAGAACUGUAAGAACCAGACCUGUAAGAACCAGACCUGUAAGAACCAGAACUGUAAGAACCAGACCUGUAAGAACCAGAACUGUAAGGACAAGAACUGUAAGGACAAGACCUGUAAGAACCAGAACUGUAAGGACCAGACCUGUAAGAACCAGACCUGUAAGAACCAGAACUGUAAGGACCAGACCUGUAAGAACCAGACAUGUAAGAACCAGACCUGUAAGGACCAGAACUCUAAGAACCAGACCUGUAAGAAUCAGAACUGUAAGGACCAGACCUGUAAGAACCAGACCUGUAAGAACCAGACCUGUAAGAACCAGAACUGUAAGGACCAGACCUGUAAGAACCAGACCUGUAAGGACCAGAACUGUAAGAACCAGACCUGUAAGAAUCAGAACUGUAAGGACCAGAACUGUAAGAACCAGACCUGUAAGAAGCAAAACUGUAAGAACCAGACCAGUAAAAAGCAGAACUGUAAGAACCAGAACUGUAAGGACCAGACCUGUAAGAACCAGACCUGUAAGAACCAGAACUGUAAGGACCAGAACUGUAAGAACCAGACCUGUAAGAAGCAGAACUGUAAGAACCAGACCAGUAAAAAACAGAACUGUAAGAACCAGACCUGUAAGAACCAGAACUGUAAGGACCAGAACUGUAAGAACCAGACCUGUAAGGACCAGAACUCUAAGAACCAGACCUGUAAGGACCAGAACUCUAAGAACCAGACCUGUAAGGAUCAGACCUGUAAGGACCAGACCUGUAAGAACCAGACCUGUAAGGACCAGAACUCUAAGAACCAGACCUGUAAGGAUCAGACCUGUAAGGACCAGACCUGUAAGAACCAGACCUGUAAGGACCAGAACUCUAAGAACCAGACCUGUAAGGAUCAGACCUGUAAGGACCAGACCUGUAAGAACCAGACCUGUAAGGACCAGAACUCUAAGAACCAGACCUGUAAGGAUCAGACCUGUAAGGACCAGACCUGUAAGAACCAGACCU